UAGUAAAAGAGAAGUAAACACACUGACUGAACGCACAUCAGCUUAUCGGAUGAGAUGCACGUAACUGUCCAUGUUGUCCGCAAAACAAUUUGGACGAAAAGCCCACCUGGAAAGGAGAAUACACCUUUCGGGAUCGUUACGUUUUGUAAUGUAAAUGGAUGACAAAAAUGAGGAGCGACAGGUUGAAAAUUGUUUUCGUGUUGUGUCUUGCUUUCGUCACUACAGGAGGACAACAUUUUGAAAGUAAAGUGGCCCAGUUGCUCCGAGACGAAACCGAAGAUAUUAAAUGUUUUGUGGAGGUAAAGGAUCUCACUUGCUUUUGGGAAGAGGAGGAAGAAAGGAAUAAUUUACACGAUCAAUAUACCUUCACGUAUUCAUACGAGAAUAAGAAAAAUAUGGCUUGUGUGGUUUCACCUUUGUCUUUGCUGGCCAGUAACAAAACCAUCUUCUUCUGCAAACUACCCAAAACCCCGUUUUUCACGACUCUUGAUGUGCAGGUUUUUUGUGAUGGCCGGAUGCUCUACAGUCGUAGCCUCAACGCUGAAAAUUUCUUGUUUCUAGAUCCUCCCCGAAACCUCACGGUCAUGAGCUCAGGGAAGGAAGGGCAGUUGAACGUGAGCUGGCUGCCUCCUUCACUCAAAUACAUGGAUGACAGUAUGAUAUAUGAGGUCAGAUACGCUGUGGAGGGAAGUAACAUGGGCAAGGUGGAGGUCAUAAAGGUCAGCACGAUGCUCGUUUUGCUUGGCUUACAGUCCGACACCAGAUACAAGGUGUGGGUCCGUGUGAAACCUGAUGGUGUUGCCUACAAGGGCUACUGGAGCGCUUGGACCGAGCCUGUGUUUGGAGCCACGCCACCAAUCGACAUGGAUCCGCUGAUCAUAUUACUCGUCCUUUUCAUCGGACUGAUCCUCUGCCUGCUGUCUAUGACUGUGAUUCUGUCCCACCACAAGUUUCUUCUUAAGAAACUCUGGCCUGACAUCCCAACACCUGAACACAAGUUUCCCGGUCUUUUUACUGUCUACAAAGGCGAUUUUAAGGAGUGGAUGAGCCAAAAUAAUGGCAGUAUGUGGGGCAGAUCAGUACAUGUGUACACAGAGGAGCUUCCUUCACCGCUGGAGGUUUUAUCCGAGGUUUCCCUGACCAGCCACGUCACGUCCCAGAUUGAGGAGAGGAAACCUGCGGAGGAGGAAGAGGAGAAAGACAGCGAGCGUUCAGACUCGAGGUUAACAGACAGAUGGCGAGAACCUCCCCAUGCUCACUGGCUCAUGGAGCAGCUGAGGGCUCUUCAGGACAACCCCGAAUCUCUUUCCCAGUCAUCGUUACUGCAGUCACACGACACCUACGUCACUCUCAAUCAAGGAGACAACGAGCAGCAGGUGGACGAUGUCUUCGAGGAGACGUUACCGCUCCAAACGCUCUUCACCACUGCAGGAACGUCGUCCUUGAACACCUCGCACUCCGAUCUCGGCUCCCUCCAGCAGAGCUCGGGUUCAGGUAGACUGUCGUCGCAAUCCAGUUUUGAGUAUCCCAACCACACGUGGCCCCCGAAAGGGCCGGGAUACGCAUACAUGGCGGUCGCAGACUCAGGGGUCUCCAUGGACUACAGUCCAAUGAGCUCCAGCAGGAUCGCAGAGCUCGGGAAACACAGGAUAUACACAAAUGAUUACAAAAACGAGAUUUUUCCCCACAAGUGGCCACUCUCCGGUCAACACAUUAAAACUGGAUCAGGGUCCUGUUCGGGUCCUCUUUGGUAAACCCACAAUACUUAAGGAUAUUUCACUCAAAGAUGAAUAUUCUGUCAUUAUUUGCUCACCUUCAUGUCGUCAAACCGGUAUGACUUUCUUUCUUCAGUGGAACAUAAAGGAAGAUAUUUUGAAAAAUGUUGGUGACCAAACAGUUGCUGGUGGCUAUUGACUUCCAUUGUUUUUCAUCCAUAAAAUAGAAGUCAAAGGGAACCGAUAUGUACAGGACGUUAUCUGGAUACUACCACUACAAAUACACAUCAGGAUCUUACUGGUUUUUGUUUGAGACGUGACGUUUAAGGACAUAUGAAAACACUAGGAUCUUUCAGAAGAAAAACAUACUCCAUGAAAUACAGUUGAAGUUAAAAGUUUACAUACACCUUGCAGAAUCUGCAAAAUGUUAAUUAUUUUACCAAAAUAAGAGGGAUCACACAAAAUGCAUGUCAUUUUUUAUUUAUUACUGACCCGAAUAAGGUAUUUCACAUAAAAGAUGUUUACAUAUAGCCCACAGGAAUAAAAAUAAUAGUUGAAUUUAUAAAAAUGUCUAUGUUCAAAAGUUUUCAUACAUUUGAUUCUUAAUACUGUGUUGUUACCUGAAUGAUCCUUCAGGUCCCACAAAUUCUUUGGUUUUUCAGCAUUUUUGUGUAUUUGAACCCUUUCCAACAAUGAAUGUAUGAUUUUGAGAUCCAUCUUUUCAUAUUGAGGAAAACCGGAGGACUUAUACGCAACUAUUACAGAAGGUUCAAACACUUACUCAUGCUCAAGAAAGGAAAAUGAUGCAUUAAGAGUUGGGGGGUGAAAACUUUUGAAUUUAAAGAUCAGGGUAAAAUUAACUUAUUCUGCUUUUGAAGGGCAGUACUAAAUGAAAAAAUAUGAUAUUUAGGCAAAAUAAGAAAAAUGUACUCAUCUCCAUUCUGUCCAUAAGUUUACACCCCCGGCUCUUAAUGCAUCGUUUUUCCUUCUAAAACAUCAGUGAGUGUUUGAACCUUCUGUAAUUGUUGCAUAUGAGUCCCUCAGUUGUUCUCAGUGUGAAAAGAUGGAUCUCAAAAUCAUACAGUCACAGCUGUGGAUUAUUCAGGUAACAACACAAUAUUAUUAUUUUCUCUUGUGGACUAUAUGUAAACGUCUUUUAUGUGAAAUAUCCUAUUCGGGUCAGUAAUACAUAAAAACAACAUAAAAUAAUUAACAUUUUGCAGAUUCUGCAAGGUGUAUGUAAAUUUUCGACUUCAACUGUAAAAUAAGCUAAUACUAUAGUAUCACUAUGGCAGCUGUUGAUGGAACAUUUUUGUACAGUAUACCACUAAAAUACUUGUGGGGAGUUUUUUAAACAGAUUUUUUUGUCUUUAAUUAUAAAUACUUUAAUUGGUGGCACUUUCCACAAAUAGGGCUCAUUUGGCAGUCCCAUUAUUUGUUUGUUUUUGUUGUUGUUUUGCAUUGUUGUAGUGAGAUAUUGAAUAAGUUGAAUAAUUAUUUUAUUUAAAUUUCAUGGAAAUGGGGCAAUGCAAAUGCAUCAGCUGUCUGAAUAUCACCAAAUGUAACAGGACUGCAAAAAAAAAAAAAAAAAAAAAAAAAAACACUUCACAUAAAAUAAUUGUAAAACAGAUUAGCUCAUGGAAUAUUUAUUUUGCCAUCAUGAGCUUCAUUAUCAACAUUUUGAAAUGCUUAGUCUUUUUUUUUUCCUUCUGUUUUUCUAGCCUUAUUGUGGAAAGUGCCUGAUGGCAGUUCAUAUAUCAUUCUGUUCUGGGUUUCUGAAGUCUGAAUCUGUCUUGUAAAUUGUAUGUUUUUUUUAAUGUAAAUAACAGUUUUCUACUCUGUUGUUGUGGUUUAAGUUACUAUGUAUCUUUCAGAUCUGUAAAGCAUUAAAGCCUAACGGAAGAUGUCA